GAGCCCUCUACAGGGAUGUCAUGCAGGAGAACUAUGAGACUGUGACCUCGCUGGGGUUUCCUGUGUUCAAAUCCGAUGUGAUCUCCCAGGUGAAACAAAUGGAAGAGCCAGGGGCCCCAGUUCUCCAGGGCUUAGAGGAAAGAGAGAUUCUGAUGGCCACCUGUUCAGCAGGUGAUGGGAUGCUGAGUGAGAAUAUGCAGCAGAAUCCUCAGAAGGAAGAUGCUCAGCAAGUGGAAUCACAUGGGGGAUUAUCACAAGGAUCCCAAGGGAAUGUGUCCAGGCAUCAUGUGCAGGGAAAAGCCUGUGAGAGUCGGCAUAGGCCAGAGAGACAGCAGGAAAGCCUACCAGGGGAGAAAGUGGGUAAAUCCCCUAAUUGUCGGGAAACUCACAACAAUUUCAAGGAAACCACAACCCAGCAGAGAAUCCCAAUGGGAGAGAGACCCUAUAAAUGCACUGAGUGCGGGAAGACCUUCAGUUUGAGUUCAAACCUUAUUAAACAUCAGAGGAUCCAUACAGGAGAGCGCCCCUAUGAAUGCGGAGAGUGUGGGAAAACCUUCACUCACAGCUCACACCUAACUAGACAUCAGAGAAUGCACACCGGAGAAAGACCCUAUGAAUGCUGUGAGUGCGGGAAAACCUUCCGGUACCGCUCAGACCUUAUCACGCAUCAGAGAAUCCACACGGGGGAGAGGCCAUAUGAGUGCUGUGAGUGUGGGAAAAACUUCAGUCAGAGCUCGAACCUUAUUAAACAUCAGAGGAUCCACACUGGAGAGAGACCUUAUGAGUGCUGUGAGUGCAGGAAGACCUUCACACGGAGAUCAAACCUUAAUGCACAUCAGAGAAUCCACAAAGAUGCAAGACCCUAUGAAUGUUUUAUAUGGGAAAACCUCCACACUGAGCUCACACCUUAUUACACAUGAGAGAAACACCUUAAAAACCUUUUCAAAGCCUGACAAAAGUUGUUGGGUUUUUUGGUUGGUUUUUGCAUUAAUGCUUUUGUUAAUUCCCACCUAAUGAUCUUUAAGGAUAUUGGCAGAAUUAUCUUGACUGUGGUCUCUCACCUCCCCAGGUGAGUUGUCCACUUUUGUGUUUUGCUGCUCGCCCUUCCUUGGGGUGAACACUGUGGUCCUCUCUUAUCAGCUCCUAUGAGUCAUGGGAGAGCGUGUCUGUCCUGCCAGGAAUGUCCAUCAGCCAAGGUGAGGGAGAUAAGGAUGACCUUGAUUAGCUACAUUGAAGCACAAUCUAUGUGGGCCUCAUCUCCACUAGGUUUUCCCCUUCCAGUUAGCUAGCUCCUGUUAGCUAUCCCAAUGGAAAAAGACAGCUACUCUUCCAGGAGUGGGUGUGGUUAGCUAGCCUAUUUCCUCAUGAGCUGACCUCAUCUUUUACGGCUUUUCAUAGUCUAAAAAAGCCGAGAGCAUCACAUUUACAUUGUUCCUCCCAUUGCAAAGCAGUUGUGAAAGUCAUCAAGUUCCACUUUGAGGAUAAAUAGUCUCAUUCCCUUUUGUUCUCACAUUGCCCUAGGAUGUGCUGAAGAGUGGUUAUAUAUAUUUUACCAUUUUUCUCAUUUAAAAUGUAUUUCAAUAUAAUAAAAAGCAGGAGCACAGGUGGGGAAAAAAGUGUCUCUUCUGCCAUUGUGACUCCCGAAGAAGAUGGGGAGAGUCAGAGGGAUCCCCUCCUUCCCCAUCACCGCAGCAGCAUUACUCUCUGCACGGCUAAGAUAGAAGGUCUCGUCUUCACAUUCUACCCCUCCACAUCCUAGAGGGUCAUGUGAUGCGGCGGCCUCAGUUUUCUGUGCUUCAGAAUGGUGCUUUGAUUUCUUUGAUCCUAAAUCAGACUCAUUAGGGCUGGAGAUGAAAGUGUCACAGGGCUGGAAGGGGAAUUCAGUGGAUCCCAAACACUGCGAUCAUACUGAGUUUCAGUCCCAGUUUUCAUCUAUUGGCAAAGCCACUUUUGGUCUUUUUCCUACUGAGUUGGGAUUGUUCACAGAUGGGAAAGUUGGCUGGUUUUGCGCCCCUACCCCCUGUUUCUGAUGAUGUUAAAGCUUUUGUAAAUAACACAACUCACUAAUGACACAGUGGUGAAUGAAGGAGGUUUGAAUGACUCCGUGAAUAUGAUGGGAGAAUCAGUGGUCCUGCCUCUGAGUUAUCAGAUGUAACCUGCUGUGGAAUUUCAUGUUACAUGACCCUGAAUGUGUCUCAUGACCUCUCUGUGAGGUGGGUUUUUUCUCUCAUGCCUGGCGUCCUUUUGGUCACACAACUGGAUAUUAGUUUAGUUUGACAGGACAUAGCUCAGAUUUAUUGGGGACUUUGAAAGAAAUGACCAUUUGCUAAAAUAGCCAUUUCUUAGUAUAUUUUUGCUUUCCUCCCACCUCUCCAUUAUGACACAGAGGAAAUUCAAGUGCGGUUCAGUCAACAGGAGAGAAUACUCCGAGCUAUUUGGCAUGCUAACAGAGCAAUAGGAGUGUUUUUAAGUCUCCAGUCUGAAAUGGUGAGCAACAGCAGACCCCAAACUGUGCAACUAACUGAAGUAACUGCCUGCGAUCACUGUGCCAUUCAGUUCUUUAGGUCAAUAUUAUCUCGGAUGAUCCAGGGAGACAAUUUAAUAGUAUGUGACUUUCAACUGGGCAAAAAUGCCCAUGUAUUUUUUUUCCCCUCAAAGCAUGUGUGACCCAGGCCCGACAGGAGGUUACUCCUGAAGAUAUCUCCUGUGAUUUGGGAAGUACUGUCCCUAACUAUGCAGAUGUGGAGAAAUAGACGUGGUGUUUUUGUUGAACUCGCCCCUUGUAUGUGCUAUAAAUGUGUAUAAAAUGAAUUAAGUGUUGAAUGUGAUGUAGGUGCAGGAAAAACAACUGUUUUCAAAUAGAAAUCCCACCUCUACUAUCUUACAGAAAUUACUAUCCCACCUCUACUAUCUUACAGAUCCAGGUUUGUAUCCAGUCCCUAAUUUAGACCUGUGCCACCAGAUUAAAGAAAGAAAUUGAGCAUGCUGGGGAGAAGCCAUUCCUCACUAACACUCUUGAGAUUUGGGGUGUAAAUUAAUCUUGACCAAAACCAAGGAUUUGGCAAGAGCUCAGGUAGAAAUAGCAGGCAGCCAGUUGUUGGCUUGCACCACAAAGUAAGCAAGCCAUGGUGAACAGUGCACAAGUCAAAUUGUUUUGGAACACCAUUUCCUAGUUCAGGGUCAUUGAUUAGUCCCGAAGGAUGCCAGUGUUAGAUCAUGAACAAUUGUCCUUUUCCAUUUGGAUCCAAUGAUUCAUGAGGUAACAAGAGAAACAGCUGAUGUCUUCAGAGGACAUUCUUUCCUCAAGGAACCAAAGGAUUCUUUCCUUUUGUGCAAGUGAUGGCUACAGUGAGGGAAUGAAUGUGUCCGAUUCUGAGUUGAGACUUCAGGAUACACAAAUGUCUCAUAAUUUUGUUCUUGUGUCUCAAGCAUUGGUAUCACUUCUCUUCCACCUUCUGCUACUUUGAAAGAUUAGAAAGUGUGGAAAUAGCAUACAGGUGUUGUUCGUUCGUGAUGCAAAUCUUGCUACAUAGUGCGAGGCUCUUUUCUCCAAAACUUAUGACAGAAGACUCAAAGUUAAAUGAACUUGUAGAUGUGGAAGAACCUAUGUUGGACUAAAUAAUAACUUGACACAAAAGUUCACUUGGUGGAAGUGGGAAUUAAAAGAAAACUGAUGUAUAAGAUUUGUAAGCAGCGAAAAUGAAAUUAAACACAAAGAUGGUGGUUAAAGAGUAAGAGACUAAUUAUGUGAUCAUUGGAAAACUGAGAGUUGUAUAUAUAUUUUUUGUUUUGUUAGUAAUAAAGGAAAUGAUGGAUAAUCCUGAAAAGUUUAUUGUGAUGUAAUUUACCCCCUUCAGACUAAAGAGUUCUGAAGUAAAAACUCACUCCAAGUAUUGGGGUGGUGGAAUAUGUAAGAAAAAUACCACGUAUGAGAAUACAGACCCAGUAGAGAUGUCAAUUUCUGUUUUGAAUGGAAUUUAUUUUGAUACACAUCAAAGCGAAUUUCUGUUAACUUGUCUUUAAGUAGUUUUUUCUCUUAUGGAACCUUUUACCCAGUUAGACUGUAAGAGUCACCGAGUGCCCCUCUUCUCUUAUUUGCAAAGGAUGUGACAUCAGUCAUGAGAUGAACACAUUUAUUUGUAAGAGUAGUGUUGCAGUGAGUAGUUUUUCUGCUAAAACCUUUGCAACUAGUUAUUUUAACAGGUGAUAAGCCCCCUUUUCCUUCUGAGGCCAGCUCUUUGAAUAUUAACCCUGAGACCAGACUAUGGAAACAUCCUCAAAACUUGUUUUUCUUUCACAUUUGAUACCUUUGGGGUUCACACAUUCCCACAAAAUUUGGUUUGUAACAACCAAGCAUUUUCCUUGUAAUAUCUAUUAAGGGAGACUUUUCCUAGUUGACAUUAGCCCAAAGUCUGUCUCAUGCCAACUGGGUCAGGCCAUGUUGGCUGUAGCCAAGGCAUAUUUCAUCCCCGAUUUUCAGCCAGCUCCUUGGAUUCGAGUUUUAGCAUUUAUAAGAGUUGAUUAUCUGCUGUAUUAAUCUGAUGAUUUGGCUCAAUUGAUGACUUGAGUCCAAUGCAGUAGCAUUAGCUCUUUCAUUUUUGUGAUUUGAUCUUAACUAUAUUGUUUAAUACAGUUUAGUAUUUUUAUAGUAAUAUAUAAUAGCCUUAGUGCCAAGUGUUCUCGGUUUUAUUUGUUGUUCAUCCGCCCUAUAUAUUCCUCCUUGAGUGUCGGCUUUGGUUAAUAGUCAUCAAUUCCCUCCUUUGAAUUUGCAUAGGGAUAUGAUCAUGACAGGCCAGGGACCAGCUUAUGGCAGUCCCCCGUGUCUGAACUGGACACUAAGAGAUACUGGAAUCUGUCUUGUGAGAUACUUUUGAUAAAAUAGGUAUUAGAAUGCUAAGAAAGUGUGUAAUGUUUAGACUCUGUUGAAUGCCAAGCGUUAAUCUCAGUUGUUCUAUCUGUGUUCCAUGUUGUAAUGUGUUGAGUGUGUGUCGUGUGAGCCACUGUGGCUGUACAAAUUGCCAUACAGGAGAGGGAUAUUAAUUAGUGUGAAGGGCUGCUCUUCUACAGAAAUUGUUCCCCCUUCCCCAGCCCCCCUGUGGCCAAACGGGCUGUGGUUGGAUCUUACAACUGGAAACUCUACAGCUGGAUCGAGAAGCCAUCAACGAAAGGACGAAAGACUUCUUGUUCCACCCUCAUCCCCAUGAAGAUGAUUUCUGCGCAUGGACUCAUCCCAUCAGCUGAGUUUAAAGCUCAGAACACAUGGCAAGAGGGGGAUAACUACCCCCAAACAAAAGGAACUAUGGAUCUCGAUGGUGCUUGGGAGGCGGGGGACAAGGUGUUUCUAGACAUAAGUAAGAGAUCCCCAGUUGCUUAGUCUGGGUUAGUCCUAAAGGAGAAAUAUGGCAGAAACUGAAGACUGUGUAACUCAUUCGUGCAUCUGUUUGCUUGCUUUAACCUUGUAAGUAACUCUCUGACUUCU